AUGCCCACCCCGCAGUAUCGUGACCUCAUCAUCACCAAAGGACUGUACCCCUUCGCGCUCAAGCCCGACACUGUUCCCGGCUCGGACGGAGCGGGUGACGUCGUGGCCGUGGGCAGGAAUGUCCGCCGCUUCAAGGUCGGAGACAAGGUCGUCACCCUCUUCAACCAGGGCCACAUCGGCGGCGAGCUGGACCAGACGACUGCCGCCACCGGUCUGGGCGGCGUCAUCGACGGCACCCUGCGUGAGUACGGCGCCUUUGAGGAGAACGGGCUCGUGCCCCUCCCCAGGGGUCUCGACUACGUCGAGGGCGCCACGCUGACCUGCGCCGGCCUGACGGCCUGGAACGGCCUGUACGGCCUCGAGGGCAAGCGCCUCACCCCCGGACAGUGGGUCCUCACCCAGGGCACCGGCGGCGUGUCCAUCUUCGCCGUGCAGUUCGCCAAGGCGGCCGGCGCCAGGGUCAUCGCCACCACCAGCUCCGCCGACAGGGCCGGGCUCCUCAGGAAGCUGGGCGCCGACCACAUCAUCAACUACCGCGAGAAGGCCGACUGGGGUGAGGAGGCCCGCAGCAUCACCGGCGGCGUCGGCGUCGACCACGUCAUCGAGGUAGCCGGCCCCACGUCCAUGGCCCAGAGCCUCAAGGCUGUCCGCAUCGGCGGCGUCAUCAGCAUCAUCGGCUUCGUCGGCGGUGCCGCCAGGGCCGAGGGCGAGCCCGGCUUCCUCGACAGCCUCGUCAGCAUGUGCACCGUCAGAGGCUUCCUCGUCGGCAGCAGGACCCAGAUGGAGGAGAUGAACCUCGCCAUCGAGGGCAACAUCGAGAAGCUCCGCCCCGUCGUCGACUCCAAGACCUUCACCCUCGACCAGGUCAAGGAGGCCUACGAGUACCAGUGGUCUGGUAAGCACCAAUCCAAGGUCGGCAUCAAGAUUGCCUAG